UUGAAGACAGCGAGGAGGGCUGCGAGGUGAACGGCCGGGUCUAUCGAGACGGGGAGGUUUUCCAGCCCAGCUGCAAACUCCAGUGCCGCUGCCUGGACGGGGGCUUCACCUGCGUCCCACUCUGCCAGGAGGACGUCCGGCUGCCCACCCCGGACUGCCUCUACCCGCGGCGCGUGGAGGUCCCGGGAAAGUGCUGCCCAGAGUGGAUCUGUGAGGCCCGGGACGCUCAUCUCCUUCGGGAUGCUGGGGCAGGUAAGCUGCAGGACAUGCCAGUGAGGAGAUGCCCAUCCCCCGGGGCAGCGUCCCCGCCGCUGCCGUACCCCUGCCAGGAGUGGGGCACCGAGUGGAGCGCCUGCUCGGCCACCUGCGGCGUGGGCUUUUCUACCCGCGUCUCCAACCAGAACCGCUACUGCAGGCUGGAGACUCAGAGGCGGCUCUGCAUGGCCAGACCCUGCCCGGCUCUGCCGGCAGCAUCCCCGGCG